AUGCCUCCUCUUGUGCCGCGCAAACGUUUGCGUGAGUCGCCGCCACCUGGACAAGGUAGAGCAUCAAAAGUGGCUAAAGACAAGUCCGAUGCAUCACGGCGCAAAGCAACUCUCUACGACGACUUAGACGCAUCGGCAACGCCUAAUUCGAAUUCAAUUCUUCAUGGGUUCGACAACGAUGACGAUGACGGAAGCUCUUUGACAUCUUUGUCAGAUGAUGAAUUUGAGGAUGUUGUACCGCCAAAGAAAUCUGAAGGCGCUGAGGAUGAUUCUGGGGACGACGACGAUAUCGAGUUUGAGGAUGUUGAAGCGCCAGUUGCAGCUUUGCCGGACGCUCCAGUAACUUCUGGGGACUUGGAGUUGACACUUACUCGAGAUACACGAAUCUCACUCACGAAUACCUCCGACAGAAAAGGACCAACGAAGCGCGAAAAAAAGGUUCGACAUGCCUCGCAUUGCGUUCAUGUUAUGUUACUCCUUUGGCACAAUGCUACUCGAAAUUCAUGGCUUUGCGAUCCUGAAGUACAGGCGACUAUGAUUUCUCACUUACCCCCGAGGCUUUGGGACGAGGUGGACCGAUGGAGGUGGAACAGCGGACUCGAAAAGAGGCCGACACCUAAAAACCCGACAAAUGCCAAAGUGAAAGGCAAAGGCAAAAAAGCACCCGACAGGCGAGCGCGCGACUGGGGCGCCGAGGCCGAGAGACUGGAAGAAGGGGCUGUUGACAUGAGCCAUGGAGACCCCCUAUUUCGACUCAUGAAAACACUGGCUGCCUGGUGGAAACAGCGAUUUCGAAUCACAGCGCCGGGGCUAAGGAAAUGGGGAUACAUGUCUCUUGAACGUCUGGAUCGACUAACAAAGGCGCAAAAAGCAGAGCCCCAUGAUCCGGAGCAAUUCGGCGAGAAGAUCGAAGGUCUAGAAGGGUUGAGAUAUUGCGCUCGCAACUGCCAGGGAAGCCGAGAUGUAGGAGCCCAAUUAUUCACCGCUUUACUUCGUGGACUGGGUUUGGAAGCACGAAUGGUCGCGAAUUUGCCCUGCUUAGGUUUCGGGUGGACCAAACUCGAGGAGGCCGAACCGGAGAAGACCGAUAUUACCCAGACGAAAUCGACACCAGACAAACAGACGAAGUCAGCUACAAAGAAGGAACCUAACAAAAAAGCAACACAGAACAAAAAGCCGACACGAAAAGCGAAGGCGAAGCCCGAGGUCGUGAGUGAUUCGGAUGGCUUGGAGCUUGAGUAUAAGAAUAGCGAUGACGAAUCGGUUGAGAUGGAAAUCACGCCGCGAAAAAUAUCAACCAAGAAAUAUGACGCCGACAUGGAUUUCCCACAUUACUGGACAGAGGUUUUGUCACCAGUCACUAAUAAGUUUCUGCCCGUUGACGCAAUCGUCAAGAAUGUGGUUGGAACAAAUCGAGAUUUGAUCGAGUUCCUUGAACCACGUGGAGCGAAAGCCGACAAGGCACGUCAAAUAAUGGCUUACAUCAUUGGCUAUUCGCAAGAUGGCACCGCCAAGGACGUCACAGUCAGGUAUCUGAAGCGCAAUACACUUCCUGGUCGUACGAAGGGAGUUAGGAUGACGCCAGUAAAGGUUCCGGUCUACAAUCGGCAUGGGAAGAUCAAGCGGUACGAUCAGUUUGAUUGGUUCAAGACUGCGAUUUCUGGAUAUAGGAGAGGUAGCAAGAAACAUCCUAUAACCGAGAUCGACGAGGCCGAAGAAGCGACGGACCUGAAGCCUGCUAAACCAGAGAAGAAGGAGGUCAAGGAAGGCCAGGAGACUCUGCAAUACUACAAACAGUCCAAGGAGUUUGUACUCGAGCGUCACUUGAAGCGCGAGGAGGCUCUUAACCCCAAUGCGAAGCCUGCAAAGGUGUUCAAGAACAAGAUCAAGGGUGGCAAGGUGGAAGAAGAGGAUGUAUUCUUACGCAGGGAUGUUCUGAAUGUCAAGAGUGCUGAAACUUGGCAUAAGCAGGGUCGGGCGCCAAAAGCUGGGGAGCAGCCGUUGAAAAGAGUCCCGUAUCGUGCGGCUACUUUGAAUCGUCGACGAGAAAUCAUGGAAGCGGAGGCUGCAACAGGAGAAAAGGUUCUGCAGGGUCUUUACAGUUGGGAACAGACAGACUGGAUCAUUCCGCCACCGAUCAAGGAUGGAGUUAUUCCCAAGAACGACUACGGCAAUAUCGAUUUGUUUGCCGAGCAUAUGUGUCCAAAGGGCGCUGUGCAUGUACCUUUCCGCGGGGCAAUGCGAGUAUGCAAGAAGCUCCAAAUCGAUUACGCCGAAGCUGUCGUGGACUUUGAAUUCGGCCACCGCAUGGCUGUACCUGUCAUCCAGGGUGUUGUCAUCGCCGAGGAGAACCAUGAUAUGGUCAUGGUAGAACUUGAAAAGGACGAAGCAGAGCGCGCACGGAAAGAAGACGAGAAGAGACGAAAGAAGGCAUUGGCCCAAUGGCGCCGCUUCCUUAUGGGAAUGCGUAUAGCGGAACGGAUCAGGCAGGAGUAUGGAGAAAUCACCGACGACAUAUCUGUGUUUGGGCAUGCUAGGGACUCGGCCCUUUCGAAGAAGCCUGCGCCGGUAGAGGAUGGGGAUUUGGCUGGUGGAUUUCUUCCAGAUGGCUACGAAGAAGAGGAAGAGGAGAAAGAAGCACCGGCGCACCAUACUUCGAGUUUCUUCCCCGCCAUUGAUGAGGACGAUGAUGGUGAUGAUGGGCUUUUAAUGGAGCACGAUGGGGCCGAACAAAGAGCCAUGAUACCAAUGGAUGUCGAUGAAGAAGAAGCGCCCUCGAAGUCAGAAGCUGAAACAGGGCUGGACUCUGAACCACAAGCCAAGUCAGAGUUUGAGAUGGAUGCAACCCCUGAGAGAGAAGCAGUACCAGAAGACGAAGAACCUAAGCCAGAGCCAGAAAAGUCCGAGGCAGAAUCCGAACCACCACGAACAAGCGCAAGAUCAAGAAAACGAGCUCCAGCAAAACAAAUCAAAAAGGAAAAGGAGCCACCUGUACGCGCCACUCGACGAUCAACAAGGAGCGGACGCAACAUCGUCUCAUAUGACGAGGAUGUUGGAGGUAAUGAUGAUGAGAUAUGGGAUUCGUAUGCUGAAUCUGAAGAUGAUGAGUAG